AGCAGGUUUGAAAUCGAGAAGCUUCCUUUGCUUCUUCCCCCACCGCCUAACUUUCUCUUCUCAAAUGUAUAUAUAAAUUCCCAUCCCAUCAGAACACACAUCAACAACGUAACCAAAAACUUAAAUUCUCCUCUCCUUUAUUAUUUGCUUCCAAUAAUUUCUCUUUAUUACGAGAAUUGGAUUGAAAAAGUGAGAAGCUAAUAUAAGUAGUGUGGCGAGCCAUGGCUUCCAACUCUCAGAACCGUGUCCCUAUGAAGAAGAUGCCCAUCGCUGCUACUCCACUCCCGUGGUUGCCCAUCCACGGCUUCUUUGGGCUCAUUUUGCUCUACAUAAUCAUCGAAUGGGGGAGAAAGAUUUUCAACAUAUUAACAUCUCAGUUUUCUGUCCACUCCAAUUACACUAUAGAUUCUGGGUUGAAUCAAAAGCUGCCCCGUUUCAGAGAGGAUGAAAUUAGCAUUGGCAGGGAUGAGGUGGAGACGGUUCUUUCAAAACUGGGGAUUUCUUGCCACCCUGAGUCUGAGGGUGGAGAGAAGAGGUUGAGCUCCAAGGACUUUAUUGGGCUAUUUGGUGGUGAGGAAGAAGAAGAUGGUGGUUUUGAGUUGGAUGAGGUGAAAGCUGCUUUCGAUGUUUUCGAUGAAAACAAAGAUGGGUUUAUUGAGGAGAAAGAAUUGCAGAGAGUCAUGUGCGCGCUGGGAUUGAAGGAAGGUUUAGAGUUGGAGAAUUGCAGGAAUAUGAUGAGGAUGUUCGACCAAGACGGAGAUGGGAGGAUCGACUUCUCCGAAUUUUGUGCACUUUUUUAGAUAUAACUACUAACUACAAACUCUUUUUGAUAUGCUGCUAUUGCCUAUUGUACGUUUUGCAUGCUUAUAUUCUAAUUCAAUAUGUAUAUAUCAACAUUUUUUCAUUUAAUUCCAUCCUCGUCAACUUCUUUUUCA